AUGAUACAGCUCGAUUUCGUGCUCCUCAUCCUUUUCAAUGUCUCUCUUCUCGAGCUCAUCAACGAGGGUCAGCAAUCUGCUAAUCUGGGCAGUAUUAGCGUCUUGAGUACCCUUAAGACUGGCACAUUCGUUGCGUACAGAAACGUUGUGAUUUCUGACAGUGAUGACUUCUUGGUUCAACAAAUGCCAUCUGCUGGAGGACUUCAUGGAAUUCGUGCACCAUCCAAGGAUCGAUCAACUCCAAAGAAGGCUGAGCCAACGAAAGAGUGA